GGCAGUCUCCGGUGGGUGACGCCUCGCUCCUACCCACGGACCCACUCGGCUGAAUCCGGAGCGCCCUGCGGCAGCGCGCUGUAGCAACACGCCCAGCCCCAACCCGCUGAGCCAGACACAGGCAGGCAGGCGAAAGGUGCAGGGGAGGACGAGGAGCAGCUGCCAUUGUGCCGUGCGUGCAGCGGCGCGUGCUAAAAACAGCCCCGUGUGACUGUCCUAAUAAAGCUCGGGCGCUUGAGCACCAGCUCCGGGCUCUUCGCGGCGCGCCUUCUAAAAACCUUCCUUGCAAAGGGAGCGGGCUCGGCUCGGCACCAGACGCGGACCGGCGGCAGCAAGAAAGCGCAUACGCGAAGAGGGGGCGCCCCCCAACAGUCCCGGCGAGAUGCCCCACGUUGAAGCGGAUCUCAAACUGGACUUUCAUGACGUCCUGCUCAGACCUAAGCGAAGCAGCCUCAAAAGCAGAGCCGAGGUAGAUCUCAUUCGAACCUUCACAUUCCGCAACUCCAAACAAACAUACACAGGGAUCCCCAUUAUGGUGGCAAAUAUGGACACCGUGGGCACGUUUGAAAUGGCAAAGGUGAUGACUAAACAUGCAAUGUUCACUGCUAUUCAGAAGCAUUAUUCUCUGGAAGAAUGGAAACUGUUUGCAGUCAAUCACCCAGAAUGCCUUGAGCAUGUAGCAGUGAGCUCAGGCAGUGGGAAGGCUGAUUUGGACAAGCUGACAAGUAUCCUGGAGGCCAUUCCCCUUAUCAAGUACAUUUGCCUGGAUGUGGCCAAUGGAUAUUCAGAGCACUUUGUGGAAGUUGUGAAAACUGUCCAUGCCAAGUUUCCAAAUCACACCAUCAUGGCAGGUAAUGUGGUGACAGGAGAGAUGGUGGAGGAACUUACUCUUUCUGGAGCAGAUAUCAUUAAAGUGGGUAUCGGACCUGGUUCUGUGUGCACCACCCGGAUUAAGACAGGUGUGGGCUACCCUCAGCUGAGUGCUGUGAUCGAGUGUGCAGACUCUGCCCAUGGCCUGAAGGGGCAUAUCAUUUCUGAUGGAGGCUGUAGCUGUCCAGGAGAUGUCGCCAAAGCGUUUGGAGCUGGUGCUGAUUUUGUUAUGCUUGGAGGAAUGUUUGCAGGCCACGAUCAAUGUGCUGGAGAGGUUCUAGAAAAAAAUGGCAAGAAGGUGAAACUGUUCUAUGGGAUGAGCUCUGAUACGGCCAUGAAGAAGCAUGUAGGAGGAGUUGCUGAAUACAGGGCUUCGGAGGGCAGAACCGUGGAAGUGCCUUACAGAGGGGACGUGGAAACCACCAUCUUUGAUAUCCUCGGGGGCCUGCGAUCCACCUGCACCUAUGUGGGAGCUGCCAAGCUCAAAGAGCUGAGCAGGAGGGCGACAUUUAUCCGGGUCACCCAGCAGCACAGCCAGGUGUUUUCUUAACCAAGGACUGGGACCUGUGAAAUGCGUCUGCCGCACUCCCCACUUCCUCUGUGUUUUGUGUUAGAGCUUCAUGGGGGCAAACCCCCCAGGCUGUGGAAGUAGGUGGGUCAGUUGCCACUGGUGACAGGGUUAAGCAGAAGGACAUGCCAUCAAACAGCGCCAUGUAGGAUUCUUUUGGUUCACGAUGCAAUAGCCUCAUCUUUUAAAGUCACGUCUAUUUGUUUUAAAUCUAUUUUUUUUUCACCAUUUAUUUUUCUCUCUGAUAAAGAAGCCUCCGUUCACAGUGAGUUAGCCUUCCAGACCCUGAUCGCUGUUACCAAGUUUUAAAACAUCCCCACAACCUCUUGCUAGCACUGCUCCAGCAGUACGGGCUAUAGGAGCUGCCGGCUGGGAGGGGAUGUUGAUGUUCAGUAUGUUGAUCUGUGUAACCAAAGAUCAAAGCCAUACUUUUUGACCUUUCAGAUGGCUGGAUGAGCCAACGUUGCUGCUGCAUUUUCACUGUGAUGUUAAAAAUGCUGGAGCUGUAUCAAUGGCAUUUCAUGUGCCUUUUAAGGCCUUUUGUAUUUAAAUCACUAUAUUAACGGACUUACCUCUCCAUAGACACUGGCAUUAUAAUGUAGUGAGUGCUUCCUCCUCCCACCCCCACCCAGAACAUUUAACAGGGUACCAGUUUUUUGGUGGAUACAAUCCUCAGAGUCUCAGGGGUCCUGUUUUUAACAUAAUCUCUGAAUAGGUUUUGAAGCUGUAGACACACAGCAAUACUCAACACCAGCAGCCUGAUUCUGCACAGCCUUGUGAUUUGCAUAGUCAUUUCAGCUGACACAAAGCGACUACGAAUACACACUUGCUUUACCCGGGUGUAGAAAUGAUUACACAUUGAGCAGGGCCUGGGGAAUCAGGCUAAAGGGGUCAAAUCCAUCUCUCUGUUACCCUGGUGCAACUAUUUUGAAGUCAUAGGUGUAACCGAGAGCAAAAUAUGGCCUGCAGUAGACCAGCUGAAGACUUCGUUGCAAGAAGCCAGUUGUCUGAUCUUGAGUUAAAGCAGUUGCUGUGAAGACAAUAAUUAAUAUUUUAGACUCUGGGCAACACUUUAAUAAACUGUAAUGGUAGAGUAAUUAAUUGAUAAAUCACAAUGAAAUUUCUUUGGAAGUACACAUUGAAUCCCCAGGAAUACCACAGUAGUUCAUUAUGACAAAUGUUAUUAGAGUGAAUACCAAUGAAUUAAUAAUGACCGGCCACUUACUUUAGCGUGUUACUGAGAUAUCAAUACAGUUGGAAACUGAAGUAACUUCAGAGUCUUAUUUUUCCUUCCAUGGAAAGAUAUAGACUUCCUUUGGAAUGCAAAACUGUGACCUGUGGGAAGAGGGGCAGGCAGGAAAGCAAAUGGAAUUAUUCUAGCAUUCUUUGUUGUUUAGAAAAGAUAAAGGAGAAUCGGUACAAUGGAACAUGUUAAGUAACAAAUCUAAUUCCCAAAUCAGUCAUUGAUGGUGUUAAUCAGAUUAUGCAUAAUGGGAAAAGCCUAGAUGAUCCUUCAUCUGAAGGCAGGUGGUUUACAAUUAAAUGUUAAAUAUUCUCCAUUAAACACUGUGGACCUGAUUCUCAUUUACAAGAAGACUCUGCCCUGGUAUUUUACGGGGGAGGGGGGCCUUAAAGAGGGCAUAGGUUACAUGUACGCUGAUUUUAAGGCCCAUUUACACUGCCAGAGUAGUGUAAAGAAACUUAAGUGUAAAUGAGAAUCAGGCUCCCAGGCCCUGCAAAUUAACUUUCCUUCUGAAGUUGGAAUUUAUAUGUAGUGAACUCUAAAAAGGCAGCCGAAUGCUUUCUUUACUACAAAAUAAAUAAAAAUAUUGUGGGCCAAA